AGAGGUGAUGGUUACUUCGCUGCCGGUGAUGUGACAAGGCAAACCCGUUGCUGCUAGCACUGGUUAGCAAGUUGUUGGCUUUCGCAUUUCCUCGUCCCUCCUCAGAAUCAGAGCAAAGACACGAAAAUGGAUAAUAGUGGGAAAGAAAAAGAAGCAACGGCUCUAAUGACUGAGGCCGAAAAGAAAGUAAAGUCAUCGCAGUCGUUUUUCGGAGCGCUGUUUGGAGGCUCCUCCAAGCUGGAAGAGGCAUGUGACAUGUAUGUGAGGGCAGCCAACAUGUACAAAAUGGCCAAAAAUUGGUGUGCUGCAGGAAAUGCAUUCUCCCAAGCUGCUCGCCUUCACCUGCAGAUGCAGAGCAAACAUGAUGCAGCCACUAACUUCAUAGAUGCUGGAAACGCCUUCAAAAAAGCAGAUCCACAAGAGGCCAUAAACUGCCUAAACCGAGCUAUUGAGAUUUACACCGACAUGGGGCGUUUCACCAUCGCAGCCAAACAUCAUAUCACCAUUGCUGAAAUAUAUGAGACAGAGCUGGUGGACAUCGACAAGGCCAUUGCUCAUUAUGAACAAGCAGCAGAUUAUUACAAAGGGGAAGAAUCCACCAGUUCAGCGAACAAGUGCCUUCUGAAAGUAGCAACCUACGCAGCUCAGCUGGAGCAGUACCAAAAAGCUAUUGAGAUCUAUGAACAGGUCGGAACGCAUGCAAUGGACAGUACGCUCCUGAAAUACAGUGCCAAGGAUCACUUCUUCAAGGCAGCGCUCUGUCACUUCUGUGUAGACAUGCUGAACGCAAAACUUGCUGUGCAGAAGUACGAAGAAAUGUUUCCAGCCUUUUCAGACUCGAGAGAAUGCAAACUGAUGAAGAAACUUCUAGAUGCCUAUGAAGAACAGAAUGUGGAAGCCUACACUGAUUCGGUGAAGGAAUACGACACCAUUUCACGGUUGGACCAGUGGCUCACCACCAUGCUUCUCCGCAUCAAGAAAACCAUACAGGAUGACGAGAGUGACCUCCGCUGACUUCCCCCCCUGUUUGUCCUCAAGUCCUUUACAACAGACUUGCAUCCUUUGUUUUGCCUUGAGCCUGUCACUUUCAUUCUAGCAGCAAUCUUAACUCUUUGACCAUUAGACCCUGAUAUUCCUUCACAAAUACUGUGUUUCCUUCCAACCAUCUGCAGUAUUUUCUUCCUGCCUUUUUAAUAUUCUCAACUCAGUGCUCCAAAAAUUAUGGUCUUUAUAGGUAUAAACACUAUUUUCCUGAGUGCAUACUGCACACAGUAUGUGGUUGUAUAUUAUUAUGAUACAGGUAUUGGCACAAUUUUAAGAUCGUCAUAAUUGGGCUGUAAUACCAAAUACUCAUACCAGCAGAGUUGCGUAAUAAAGGCUUUAUUUUUAUUUUCAUUAUUAUAAAAUGGAUGAGAGGUUGCCAACUUACUAACACUUUGAUCUACAAAAUAUAUUUUCCAGAAUGUGCUUUAGACCGAACUGAACGGACCAAAAUGCCAGUAUUGACUAAAGCAGUCACAUUGGCUUUUGGUACUUUGAGUGCUCGAGUAUACUGUAGGUCAUAUCAGGGCAUCUCUAAUUAAACAGCACUUCAUCUCAGCUGUGGAGCUGCUCCAAGCAGAGAGGCCAAGAGUUUCGGAAGUUACUCCAUGGCAAAUACCCCCUCUGCCUUAUACUGCGAAGUUCUCAGGACGUGAACAGCUAAGAUUUGAUGAAAAAAAUUAAUUGAAAAAUCAUUGCUUUUAUCAAGCAUUAUAAAUUGAUUAGCUAAUUGGUUUUUGUCACUUCCGUUUAAAGUGCUUUUAUUCCACAAAAGAAGGAGAAAAAAGCUAUUCACCUUUGUGAACAUUUGCAUGGUUUGGUACGGAUGAGAGAACCAGAACAGCUGAUUUCCACUAUAUAGGGAUUAUUUCUCAAGUGUUUUUUUUUUUUUAAUUGUCUCAUUUGUUUGUUUGUUGUCAUAACUAACCAGGCUGAAAAAAAAAAAAUUUUCAGGCCUGCACAAAAUGCAAUACAAUGAAGAAAAAGGAGCUUUACUGAUCUGAACACUGUGCUCAUGUAUCCUCCUGGUGAUUUUUGUCAAUAGACAAUUGGUCUUAAAUACUUUGUAUAUUAGUGAUGUUUCCUGUCAAACGUUUGAAUAAACCUGUCUUAGUACAUCA